AUGCAGCCGUGCAACUGUGAUGAAGUCAGAGCUCGGGCAAACGCUCUUUGGGAAGAAGCCGAAGCAGCACAAGAGGCUCUCCGUCAGCUGAAUCUCCGUCAACCAGAUCCGGAUCAUUUCUCGUCCGUUAGUCAAAAGCUAGAGAAACGGUCUCCAGCAGCCGAGGAAUGGCGGACCAAGCAACGAAACCUGAACGUCAAACAGGAAGCUCCGGAUGAUUGGAUUGAUCUCUACAAUGCUGGCCUUCUACUUCCGGUCCAUAGCCAAUUCUCCUCUCGUUCUGCCGUCUCCGCGGAAUUGGACGUUUAUAACGGAAAAGCCGUUGAAUGGUUUGGUUGCAUCGACCUGUUUCGUGCAUUAGUGCACGAUACUCCGAACACCCCAGGAGAAAAGCUGGCACUACUAAAACAUUACCUCAAGGGCGAAUGUCUGGAUGUAGUCUACGGGCUCGGUGGCGGAGAGACGGCCUACAAGCAGGCACUGGUGCGUCUGAAAGAGACAUUCGGACGAAGAGACGUGAUGCGAGCCGCCCACAUCCAGGCUAUCGAGCGACUUGAAUUCAAGAAUGAACCAAGAGUGUUCAAACGUUUUGCCGAAAGAGUUCGGACCCAUCUCUUCGACCUCAGCAGGAUUGGAGCCGCAUCAUCAGCCGACAUCAUCGAGAAGGUCUGCUUAAGACUCAACCAGCAAGAUCGACUCGACUGGAACGCGGGACGACGUGGCCGUUUGGAAUUCCGCAGCCUCAACGAUUUCGGUACAUGGAUCUGUGAGCGAGCGUCCGAUUACCUCAACGCCUACAGCAUAGCCGCGGAUCAAGCCAACGAGACAGGAGGGCCAUCAUCAACACCAAGAGGAGCCUUUCCACGUCGAGCUAAGACUCAUCAUUCGUCCGCAAGAGCUACAGAUGGAGGCGGAGCUGGCUCAACGAAGAAACCCUUUUGCUUCAAAUGCGAAAAGGGGCAUUGGCUCCAAGAUUGCGGAGACUUUAAGGCCCUUUCAGUGGGUGAACGGGUCAAUUUCUGCAUGCGUCGCCGGCUGUGUUUCGGCUGUUUCAGUUGCAGACAUUCAGCAAGAGAUUGCCAAAGCAAGCGCCAGUGCAAGCAACCGGACUGCAGAUUCUUUCAUCAUAUCCUGCUCCAUGAAACUGAGAAGCCGUCGACGACGGACGCCCGUCCUUCAACCGCUCGUGUCAUUGGCCGACAGAGAGUGGCCCUGGGAAUGAUGAGGCUGCACGUGCAAUCCGCAGAUGGUAACUGGAUACUCGCCAAUAUUUUCGCCGACGAAGGCAGUGAUACCACCCUGAUGAGGACGUCAUUUGCGUCAAAUUUAAAGCUGCAAGGGCCGUCGCAGGUGUUGACGGUGGAUGGUGCCGGCGGAGUCAUCAACCGAUACCAGUCCAAACGAGUCCAGUUCCAGUUGCGCGCUGAAUCAGGCGAAAUCUUUACGAUGGAAGGUUCAACAAUGAAGAUGGUCGCCAGCCCCACUCCUAUCACGGAUUGGAAUAAAGAAAAGCAGAAUUGGCCGCACCUCCGCGACCUCCCGGUCGGAGUAGUGGGAGGAAAGGUGGAUCUUCUCGUAGGUACAGACUACCUGCAUCUUUUGGUGCCUCGCGAGACCAGAGAAGGGCGAGAUUAUGAACCAAUCGCCUUUAAAACAAGACUUGGUUGGAUCGUGCGAUGA